AUGAGUACUGAAAACACAAUUCCAAAUGACAGUGAAUAUGAGUCUGACGUUUCGUCGAUAACGGAUUCUUCGGCAGCAAACAUUAAUGAAUCGAAUUUGAGUUGUGAACAUUUAGCAAAACGUAUUGAUUCGAUAAGUCAAGAGAAUCGUGUUCUCCAAGUCGAAGUUCAAACAUACAAAUUACGUUUGAAAUCUGCCCAACAGGAAAUAAAACAAUUGAAACAUGCAAGUGUGAAUAUGCAAGUGAAGACUGAACAAGAAGAAGAGUUCAUUUCGAAUACAUUGUUCAAGAAGAUUCACGAACUAAAAAAAGAAAAAGAAUCGUUAGCGAAUAAUUACGAACGCGAAGAGGAAUUUCUCACCAAUGAUCUGACGAAGAAAUUACAACAAAUUCGAGAUGAAAAGCAGUCUCUAGAACAAUCAUUAGCACACGAACAAGCUUCACAAAUUAGUCAACUCAUGAAACGAAUCAAUCGUUUAGAAGCCGAAACAACUAACAAGCAAAACACGCUAGAACAAUUGAGACGCGAAAAAAUCGAAUUGGAAAAUACACUUGAGAAAGAACAAGAGUCUCUAGUCAAUCGUCUAUGGAAACGAAUGGAAAAACUGGAAACGGAUAAAAAGUUACUUCAAUCGCAAAUCCAACACACGACAGUUAAUUCAUCUUCUUCGAUUGAGUUAACUUCGAAUGAACAAAUUCCAUCGAAUACAAAUUAUGCUGAGCAAUUACGACAUGAAGUCGAACAACUUCGUGCAGAAUUAGUCAAUCAACAAGAAAAGCAUCAAGCGAAAUUGAAAGAAAUUCUUCAAGAAGAACAAAAUGCUCGUGAAGAAAACUUACGGUUACAAAGAAAGCUACAAGUCGAAGUCGAUCGUCGUGAACAACUUUAUCGACAAUUAAGUGAAAGCGAAUCAUCCUUGGAAAUGGAUGAAGAACGAGCUCUGAACACUAAAAUCAAAUCCAGUGCCAAACAUGAUCCGUUAAGAAUAAGUUCGUCGUCGUCGUCAUCAUCUCAACAUAAUCUCGCACGGUCGCGAACAGCAUCUAGUCCAGCAUUUAGUCUUCAUCAAAGUAACGAACAUCUCCAGCGAACAAGACUGCCAUCAAAUAGUUUAGAUACAAAUAAUAAUGAUAACAGCAUGGAAUGA